UCUUCAAUCUUUCAUUUAAGCAGCCUGAUUAGUGAUUAUGGCAGCCAGAAUCUCAGAAACUGAUGUAAUCAUCGAUCUUCAAGGAGAGGAAGCACCCCAAUGUGCACAUGGUCCAGCUCUUAUGUUUGUUCGAUACAGUGGUUCUAAUGGGGGCAGGAGAUUCUUUGCUUGUUCAGCAUUCAGGGACAGAAAAGUUUGUGGUUUCUUCAAGUGGUGUGAUGAGAAAACCACAAAGGAAAAGAAAGAAAUGGAAAAAAUGAGACAUAAAUCUGAAGAUUUAAUGUAUACACACAAACAGUAUAGGAAAAGGUUUUUAAGCUUUAAAAAGCUACCUCAGAAGGAGAGAGUUUUGUGCCGGACAUGUGGAUUGUUUUUGCUGCCAGGUGAGGUGAAGGAUCAUACUAAACAUGACAUUCUGAGCAACAUCAGCAAUGCCAUGUUAAAAGUACCAUCAAAGCUUUUCCUUCCCCUCGACAAUAACAAAACUUACGCUCAAUAUUUGUUUUCUGAGAAGACAGUGAAGUUUGUCCUGGAGCAAUUAAAGAGCCUAAAUAAAACACAUGUAAUUUGUUUAGGAGCACCUAGAAUUCAUGAAGCAAUAAUGAAUGAAAAGAAUGAAACACUGACAAGUUUUCUUUUGGAUUUGGAUUCAAGAUAUAUGCAAUUGUAUGGGCCUAAUCACUAUGCUAGGUACAACAUGUUUAACCACUAUUUCUUUGAUGGGGAGAAAUCGGCAGCUUCAUUAACCACGUUUUUGGACAGUUGUUCCCAUGACCAGGUUGCCAUGGUAUUUGAUCCACCAUUUGGUGGGAUGGUGGAGGCUUUGGCAGCUUCUUUAAGGAAAUUGUCAAACCUUUGGAGGAUAACAUCACAAGCCCCCGACGAUGCCUCGCUACAUAUUUUAUGGUUCUUUCCUUACUUUAUGGAGAAGAGGAUAAUUGAUUCAUUUGAAGAUUUCCAAAUGCUAGAUUACAAGGUGGAUUAUGACAACCAUCAGCUGUUCCAGGGUGAUGUGAAGAAGUAUGGUUCCCCAGUUAGGAUAUUUACUAAUGUUCCCCCUCAUAAGAUCCCCCUCCCAGCAGAAGAGGGGUACAGGUUUUGUAAAGUAUGUAAUAGGUAUUCUUCUAAGGAAAAUGUUCACUGUGAUGUCUGUGACAUUUGCCCCUCAAAAGAUGGCAGGACAUACAAACAUUGUUUUCAGUGUGAACGGUGUGUGAAGCCCAACAAAGAACAUUGCAGUGUUUGUAAAUCAUGUCAGUUAAAAGAUCACAACUGUGGGAAACCUAGCCAAGGAUGCCAUAUUUGUGGAGCUUUGGGUCACAAGAGGAGAAAUUGUCCAAAGACAGGAACUCAAUCACCAGCCGAAAGGAAGAAGAAAUGGUCUGAAGAUGGAGCAAGAAAAAAAAUGAAAUAUACAAAAAUUUAAAAUAAAACUU